AUGUCCGACAGCACCACCACGCCGCCGCGCUCUGUAUCGCGCCCAGUUAGCGAGGCGCUCCUCAACGAGAAGUGGGAUCGCUGCUUGUCCAACCUGAUUAUCAAGUCGACCCUCGGCCUAGGCUUCGGUGUCGUCUUCUCCGUCCUGUUGUUCAAGCGCCGUGCCUGGCCUGCCCUAGUCGGCGUCGGUUUUGGUGCCGGUCGCGCCUAUGAGGAAUGCAACUACAGCCUGAAGCAGGCCACGCGCGAGUUUAAGAAGCAGCAGCAGCAGCAGCAGCAAUGA